UAUUGAACUUUUUUAAAAUCUAAUUUAAAAAUAAACGUUUUUUAAGAUCGCCGAAAUCAGAUGUCAAUAAUCAUUGCUCGCACGUACUACGCGUUUACAUAUUAUAUCGCGUAUUUUUAUACACUCUAGUUAUAUUAUCAUGAUUUCAAUUGAGUAUAAAAUCGAAGGUCCUGUGUAAUUUAUCAACGCACAGUACCGAAACCGAUCAUAUAACGAUGAUGACGCGUGUCACCGAUACAGUGAAAAAUCACCUUUUUUUUGUUGUUAUUUUUCGACGAGGUUCUAGUCACGACUCUCCAGACAAUGUUGUUUUCGACCGUUUAAACUCACUCGUUUGAACGUAGCAGCACCUCAAGUUAAUAAUAACUGCUAAAUAAAUUAAAGAACGACACGAGAACAACACACUUGUUAUUGUCGGUUAAGUAACCGCAAAGGAGUCGACGAGUCGUAUACGCAUUAGCGGGGGCGGCGGGGUGCUCGCACAACAUUUGUGGUGUGUGUUGGCACGAAAAUGAAAAAUAUAUCCAAGUACUGUAAUAAUUCUAGCCGACGCUAUUAAUCUUCUCGCUAUUAUUGAUUCGGAUGAAAACGGAACGGUUUACACGCGGCAGUGUGGUACCUACCCACGCAGAACACGGGCUCGGAGAAAAAUUGUGGUUUUCGAAAACGUAAUGAUACUGCCCGAGCGACGCGACCUGACAAAGCGUCAAACUAUUAUAGGCCCCGCAUUGAUUUCUCGUUUAUAUUUUCUAUUAUUAUAUACGACGACGACGACGACGACGAUAAUAAUAUAAUAAUACGACCGCGUGUGUCGCAUAAUAUGCGCGUGCACAGUAGGAGGGUUACUUGCCCACAGCAGCGUCGCUGCCGUCUACUAUUCCGGUUGGAUUUCGAAAUGAUGAUAUGUACGUCGUGGCUUGUAAUAAUAAGGAGGAGGAGGAGGAGGAGGAGGAGAAGAAAAAGAAAAAGAAAAAAAUUUAGAUUUUGACGUAUCAAUAGCAGCUGCUGAAGAAGCAGAAUAGCAGGAGUAGGAGUAGGAGAAGGAGACUAUUGCUUGACUAUGGAUUCAUCGUUGAUAAGGUGGAGUUUCGUGCUGUGCUGGGCGAUAUUUUCAGAUUGCAAGGACCUGUUAGAGCUGUCGGCCAUCGUUCCCAGAUACGCCAAACUGGGCGAGACAGUGGUCCUGAGAUGCAACCACACGGUGGUCGAAAACCAACUUUACAAGGUCCAGUGGACCAAGAGCGGUGACAAAUUGUUCCAGUACAUAAGAGGACGCGUACCGCCGUAUAUCAAUCACACGAUUCCCGGAGCCAAAAUCGACUGGGGUCAGACAAAACCUUCAGAGUUGGCACUCAUGGACGUACAGCAUGAUGCUUCCGGUCAGUACGCGUGCACGGUAACUACGGAAUCUCCAAUAUACAGUAAGACAUCGGAAUACCAUGACCUUACAGUCAUAAAAAUUCAAAGUACCGAUCCUACGAUUGAAAUAUUCAAAGAAGUGUUCAACGUGGGAGAUAUGUUGGACGCCACGUGCACAUCAGGACCUUCGAAACCUGUGCCCGAAAUCACAUGGCUAGUCAAUGGUCGAAGGCCACCGGAUACGUACAUGAAACCAAUCGUUAAGACAGCGUUGGACUCAGCCUCAGCAAUGAGGCUCACAUUUCCGGUGUCGGAUAAACUAGGCGCCGAGGUUCAACUAACGUGUCUAUCCACCAUACCUGGGUUCCUAAAUCAUAAAGCUGACUACCACGAUUACGCCGAUUAUAGGUCGUCCUCGAUCAUAGUGAGCGUGGCAGCCAAAUCUGAGCCCGUGACUGCGGGAUGCGGAAAAGAAUUUAUUAGUAUCGUAGCCGUUGCAGCGACUGCCGCCGCCGCCGCCGUUGCGUUUCAGACGUAAUUUACGAGACGGAUUCUCAAACAACGUUUCGACGGUGUGCGUGUGCGCGCGAUUGUGUUUAAUGUACACAAUUCAAUGUAUAAAUAGUUAGUAUAUACAUUACUAUAGUCAUAUAUACAUUCAUAUAAAUAUUAAAUUGUUUACUUAAUGAAAAAUUAUUCAUGCGAACCUUUUGAAUCGUAUUCGGGAAGAUUAUUUAACUGUUUAAACGCGUAUUAUCGUUGUGGUGACCCGCUGUGGACGCGAACUGUAACAGUAAGUUCUGUAAUAUUGUAUAGGAAAUGCCAUAAUAAAUUUGAGUAUCGGUGUAUACAAUAUACCACUUGAAUUUUUUUAAUUGAAGUGUUUCAAAAUUGAAAGUUUCACUCUUCUAGAUUAAUUUCAAUGAAAUUAUGAACAUUUUUUUUUCUUUUAAACGUAUUUGGUCAUAGAUAAUUAUUAUAAACGAUUGUUUAUUACACACAGAAAAUAUCGAUAACGACUUACGUACCAACAUGUUUACGAAUUACUACGUUAGUGGUUAUAAAUUAGGUAUGAAUGAUGUAUUGGUAUUAUAAUAGGUAAUAGGUAUUAUCGAUUAUUCAUCAUUUUAUCGCUUACCAAUUGGGUCCCCGUUGGCUAUUAUUUAUUUUAUUUAUUAUUUAUUGUAAUUCGGUACAAUAAACCAACUUUCAAAAAUCUUCUCUUACUGAAAAUGUAAGACUAUAAACUUUUAAAUACAAUACACAUUUUUUUUUAAACAUAUAUUUUUUUUUUAACAUUAAUGAAAUAUUUUAUGAAAUUUCAAAACUCUAAAUAUAGUGUAUACAGAUGACUUUGGGUCGAUUACAUACACUUCCUGGUCAGUGUUACGUAACGUUUGAAGGUGAUUUUUUUUUCAAUUUGUUUUCAAAUUUAUGUUACUGUCAAUAAUAUUUGAAUGGUAAUACAUAUUAUUACAUGAUAUUAUUGAUAAUCAAAGCGUUUUUAAACCAGCUGAAAUCUUCCAUCUGCAGUGUGUCACCAUUACGUGUAUAAUGUAUAAUAUAGAUAGUUGUAAUAAUAUGUUAACAUUUUUUUUAACCAUAAUAUUUUGUAAAUAAAAAAAAUUAACUAUAUAGUCAUAAAUUUAAAAUUCCUAAUGAAUAAUAUUAUUAUAAACUUAUCGAAAUCAGCGCUUCUGAAAUAAUUGUCUCCGUGUCAAUUAAAAUCGUGUAUUUUCGAAAUAAAUUAAUAAACGAUAAUAUGUCAUACGAGUAAAAUAUAAAGAAAACUGCAGCUCGUGUCUAAGCACGAAGUGACCGUUAAAUUACAGUUGAAAUACAUAAUCUAAUUUGACCGGAGGUCGUCCUUGUUAGGUACUUACUGCAUCGUUCCGAAAAAAAAGCAUUUAUUUCGCGUUAAAUAAUAAUUUACCAGAUAAAUCUUCCGAAACGACAAAAUAUUAUAACAAUUUUCGAUGUAUUAUUUUUGAAAAUCACAACUGAAUAUUUCGUUUCUGUUAUUUAUUACUAUUUGAUACACGUUCACAAUCAAAAUGACAAUACUGUAAUAUUGAAUGAAACCUUAUUGCGUAAAUUUCUAAUAAAAAAAUGCAUAAAAUCAAUCGGUUUUACAAACUAUAUGACACUAAAUAAUACUACCGUUUAACUUUCUUUAUUUUCUAGGUAAUUUAUUUUAUUAUUAUUAUUUAUUAUUAAAAUAAGAUAAUGCUGUCAAUUAUAAUAUACGCAUACAAAUCGCCUUUUUCGAACGGUUACUGCGAAAUUUACCCUUUUUAUGUUAUACCUCGACCUAUGGUAAUAUAUUAUUUUAAUUAUUAUCAUUAUGCUAUAUAUUAUUGUGCUAUAUAAUAUGUAUUUAGAUAAAUAUUAUUAUUGUUUUCUACUUAUACUGUAAAAAGUUUUAUUAUAUAAUAUUAUUAUUUAUUACAUCUCUAAAAUGUACAUAGCUAUAAAUAGUAGGUAUAAUGUUAUUGUUAGUAAAAAAAAAAUGUAUUUAAAAAAUGUUUAAGAUAUUGUUACUCCGAAUGAUUCUAUUUUAUUUCUUAUAACUGUAGCAGUUGUUUUAACCGAAAAAUCACGCUGGAUUUUCGCCAUUAUAUUCAAAUGUAUAAAACGAUAUUAUACGAUGUACUAACCAUAUAAUAUUAAUAAUUAUUAUUAAACUCUUUGAUUAAUUAAAUAAAUUCUUUCAAACGAUUGGGAGUGAACCGUAAUCGUUUUCACGGAUAAAUUCGUUAUUGUUUUAAGCAUUCAAAGAUUGAGAUUGUUUUUUUUUUUCACAAAGAUGGAGAAACAUCUUGGGUACGAAUUUGAUCGUUUUUAUUUCAUGAUAUGAAUAUUAUAUUAUAUUACCUAUUAUACUUGUUUUAAAUAUUUAUAAUCAAAAAAGUUGCAUUUCGUCACAUAAAACAAUUUCGAUUUUUAUAUGAUACUUUAAUUUGAUUUCGUCGCUUGAAAAAUAAUAACAAUGACUGUUAUACUACGUAGAUUGUAAGAAUAAUCUUAUCAAGUCAUAAUAUUAUAAUGUUAUAAUAUUAUUAUUAAUAUAAAUGUUACGAGCGUAUGUAACGGUUAAAUGUACUUAAAAAAUAAUUAAUUAUUGUAUCCAUAAUAAUAAACCGCCACGCGAUAUUAGUUGAAAAACUGUGAUCGUGAGCGUAAUCCAAACGGAAAGUGCUAAAAAAUUGUUUUCUGCGUAUCGUAAUGUCAUCAUACCAUGGUGCAUUAUAAUUUGUGAUGUUACCUACGUAUAUUGUGUACACAUCAAUUGUAUUAACGUAUUGUAUGUUUAUUAAAAACACAUUUUAAAUUAAAA